UUUUUGUUUCGCUUAUUAUUUCUCUUUAACAGACGGGACUGGCUCCUCUACUGUUUCACCACGGCAUAUGCACAACUACCCCUUUUCUCUCCAUCUGUUACCUUCUUUCUUUCUGCUGCUCAUGCGUCAAAUAGCAUUCACUUUCCUUUGUAUUCUGUGUUCUUGAUUUCGAAAAAUUCUCUAGCUCUGUUGCCCUUCUCAUCUAUCCUUGAAUUUCGUUGCACUUUCUUUUUUCUCCCCUUUUCUGCUUACAAUUUGUUGUAUUCACUGUUCUUGCUGCUUGCAUCUGUUGUUACCCACCACAAAAAAAGGAAAGAAACAAAAUAGGAAAUGGCCCUGGAUACCAUUCUUGCUAUUGUUCCGAUGAUUGUCGAGUACACUUUCGUCCCCGUCAAGCGACACCUCAGUUACGCUUUCAACUGCCGAAGCAAGGUUGAAAAACUGAAGAAUCAGGUUGAGAACCUAAAAAAUCAGAGAGAUGGUUUGAAGCCGCAUGUUGAUGAAGCUACGAGGCGAGGAGAUGAGAUCUAUGCUAAUGUUCGAAACUGGCUGACCAGUGUGGACGAAGCUAUUGGGGAGGCUGAUGAUCUCGUCGUCGAUGAAGAACAAGCAAGGGAAAGGUGUUUCUUGGGAUUGAUUCCCAAUUUGAAGAAGCGUUACAAGCUGAGCAAGAAAGUAGAGAAGAAAGCUCAAACAGUUGCUGAGCUUCGGGAGAAAUGCAAAUUUGAUCUCGAUCGAAUUGCCUGCCGCCCUUCUCUUUGGCAAAUAGUGCCUCCAUCUGUCUAUAAUAAUGAAGUGUUGCAUUCAAGAAUUUCUAUCUUGGAGAAAGUUAUGAAUGCGCUGAGGGAUCCUGCAUUUAACAUGAUAGGAGUGUAUGGUCUGGGUGGUGUCGGAAAAACCACUCUAGCAAAAGAAGUCCGAAGGAAAGCAAUAGAAGACAAGUUAUUCGAUGUUGUACUUAUGGUUACUGUGUCUGAAACACCGGAGCUUCGAAAAAUUCAAGGGACGAUCGCAGAUAUGCUGGGCCUAGAAUUAAAAGAGGAGACUGAAGAAGGGAGAGCAUGUCGAUUGCGUCAACGAUUACUGAAGGAGAAGAAGAUCCUCGUGAUUUUGGAUGAUAUUUGGGAACAACUCGAACCGGAGAAACUAGGAAUACCUUUUGGGAAUGAUCACAAAGGAUGUAAAAUAUUUCUGACCUCCAGAAGAGAAGAUAUAUUGUCCCGAGACAUGGGCACCCAAGAAAGUUUUGAGCUUCGAGUUCUAUCAGAAGCAGAGGCGUGGAGUUUAUUUGUGACAGUGGUUGGUGAUGUUACGAAUCAGGACUUGCGCUCUAUAGCAUCUGAAGUAGCAAAAAAAUGUGCAGGUUUGCCCGUCUUAAUUGUUACAGUUGCAGGAGCUUUGAAAAAUCGGGACUUGAACGAAUGGAAUGUUGCUUUGAAAGAGUUAUCUAAGGUUGACAAUGAAGGAAUUCAGUCAAAAGUAUACGCAACUCUGAAGUUGAGCUACAACCAUUUGGCUAAUGAAGAACUGAAGUCUUUUUUCUUGCUUUGUGCUCAAAUUGCUCAGAGUGAUAUUCAAAUCCGGGACUUGCUGUUGUACAGUAUGGGUUUGGAUUUGCUUAGAGGCAAAGAUACAGUGGCGGAUGCAAGAAACAAAGUAUAUAAAUUGGUAAGAGACCUCAAAGCCUCUUGCUUGCUAUUAGACGGUGACAGGAAUGGAUCUCUGAAAAUGCAUGACGUUGUUAGGGAUACUGCUCUCGAUAUUGCAUCUAAAUCUCAACACUCAUUCACAUUCAGAGAUGUAGUUGAAACAAAAGAAUGGCCAAACAGGGAUUUCAGAAGCUGCUCCAGAAUCGCUUUGCCUUCCUGUGAAAUCCAUGAGCUUCCUGAACGGUUGGAGUGCCCAAAAUUAGAGUUACUUGUCCUCGGAAGGGGAUCCAUUCAUUCGAAAGGCCCUGAUUUGAAUAUCUCUGAUAUAUUUUUUGAAGGGAUUACAAAGCUUAAAGUACUGCAUUUCACUGGGAUGUGUUUACGGUCCCUGCCUCCAUCUCUUCGUUACUUAACAAACCUUCUUACCUUGUGUUUAGAUGAAUGUGUAUUGCGGGAUGCAUCUGUGAUAGGUGAACUGAAGAGAUUAGAGGUCCUCAGCUUUCGUAGAUCUAUGAUAGAAGAGCUGCCAAGAGAAAUAGCGCAUUUAACUGGGCUGAAAUUGUUAGAUCUGAGCGACUGUGACAAACUCAAAGUCAUUCCGGCAAAUGUCAUAUCAAGGUUAUCCCUAUUAGAAGAACUGUAUAUGCGGAACAGCUUUGGUCAAUGGGAGCUUCAAGGUCUCAACAGUUCAAACAAUGCAAGCCUUGCUGAAUUGAAAAACCUGUCAAGGUUGACAACGUUGGAAAUAGAUGUUCCAGAUGUCGAGAUGUUACCGAAAGACUUAUUCUCUAAUAAGUUGGAAAGGUAUGAUAUUGUUAUCGGAAAAAAGAGGCAUCGGUAUGAUGAGUAUUUAUCCUCAAGAAGGCUGAGGAUUUGGCUUAAUACAGACAUUCAUCUGGAUCAUGGACUUGCUUUGUUGCUCAAGAAAGCAGAAGUUCUAUAUCUAGAUAAUGUGAAGGGGAUCAAGAGCAUUUUGUAUGACAUGGAUCGGGAAGGGUUUCAGCGAUUAAAGCAUCUUGACAUCGAAAACAGUGAUGACAUUCAAUAUAUUAUUAACUCAACGGUGCAGGUCCCUAGUUUAAAUGUCUUUCCCAUCCUGGAGUCUCUGUCUUUGAAUAAUUUGGUGAGCCUAGAGAAGAUUUGUUAUGGGCGACUCACAACAGGGCCUUUCACCAAAUUAAGAAUAUUAAAAGUCGGAAAAUGCAACAGAUUGAAGAGUCUCUUCUCAUUCUUCAUGGUUAGAAACCUAUCUCAGCUUCAGGAGAUGACAGUAAGCGAUUGCCAGAACAUGGAAGAGAUUGUGAUCGAUCAAAGUGGCGUAGGAGAAGACAAUAUAGAAGUGGCUGAGUUCAGUCAAUUACGUUCCCUGAAACUAAUUGAUCUGCCACUGCUGAAGAGCUUUUGCAUCAAAGUGAAGGAGUCGAUGAGUGAUGAGGUUCAUAAUCCACGGCCACUUUUUGACAAAAUGGUUUCAUUCCCCAACUUGGAGGAACUCUAUGUAAGCUUCAUAGAUAUGAAGUAUUUAUUUACAACUUCAUUUGUCAAAAGCCUUUUACGGCUCAAGAGACUUGGUAUAUAUAAUUGUGGAUUCAUGGAAAGGAUAGUUCUCACAGUCGCAGAAGAAGAGAGACUAGAUAAGAUAAUCUUCUCUCAUUUAGAAAAUUUGACUCUCUGGUAUCUUCCAAAUCUCACAAGUUUUUGCGAUGGGCAUUUCAUUGAAUUUUGCUCUCUGACCGAUCUAUUGAUAGACAAUUGCCCUGUGUUCAAGACUUUCGUCUCAAAUCGUCUAAGUCAAUCUCUUUUUGAUGAAAAGGUUUCAUUCCCCAACUUGGAGAAAUUCUAUGUAGAGUCCACAGGAUGUCAGGAUUUGAAGUAUUUAUUUACAACUUCAUUUGUCAAAAGCCUUUUACGGCUCAAGACACUUCAGAUAUGUAAAUGUGAGUUCAUGGAAAGGAUAGUUCUCACAGAAGAAUUCGCAGAAGAAGAGAGACUGAAUAAGAUAAUCUUCUCUGAUUUAGAAAAUUUGAUUCUCUCGAAUCUUCCAAAUCUCACAAAUUUUUGUGAUGGGCAUUUAAUUGAAUUUUGCUCUCUGACCAAUCUACGGAUAGACGAUUGCCCUGUGUUCAAGACUUUCAUCUCAAAUCGUCUAAGUCAAUCUCUUUUUGAUGAAAAGGUUUCAUUCCCCAACUUGGAGAAAUUCUAUGUAGAGUCCACAGGAUGUCAGGAUUUGAAGUAUUUAUUUACAACUUCAUUUGUCAAAAGCCUUUUACGGCUCAAGACACUUCAGAUAUGUAAAUGUGAGUUCAUGGAAAGAAUAGUUAUCACAGAAGAAUUUGCAAAAGAAGAGAGACUGAAUAAGAUAAUCUUCUCUGAUUUAGAAAAUUUGACUCUCUCGAAUCUUCCAAAUCUCACAAAUUUUUGUGAUGGGCAUUUAAUUGAAUUUUGCUCUCUGACCAAUCUAUGGAUAUACAAUUGCCCUGUGUUCAAGACUUUCGUCUCAAAUCGUCUAAGUGGAUCUCUUUUUGAUGAAAAGGUUUCAUUCCCCAACUUGAAGAAACUCUAUGUACGCUCCAUAGAUAUGAAGUAUUUAUUUACAACUUCAUUUGUCAAAAGCCUUUUACGGCUCAAGACACUUCAGAUAUGUAAAUGUGAGUUCAUGGAAAGGAUAGUUCUCACAGAAGAAUUCGCAGAAGAAGAGAGACUGAAUAAGAUAAUCUUCUCUGAUUUAGAAAAUUUGAUUCUCUCGAAUCUUCCAAAUCUCACAAAUUUUUGUGAUGGGCAUUUAAUUGAAUUUUGCUCUCUGACCAAUCUAUGGAUAUACAAUUGCCCUGUGUUCAAGACUUUCGUCUCAAAUCGUCUAAGUGGAUCUCUUUUUGAUGAAAAGGUUGCAUUUUCGAGCUUGGAGCAUCUGACAAUAAUUAGCAUGAGUAACUUGGAAAGGAUAUGGCACAACCAACUCGCUGGAGGUUCCUUUUGCAUGCUAAAAUCAAUGACAGUAGGAGAUUGUAAAAACUUGCACACACUUUUUCCAUCAAAUGACUUAAGAAGAUUCCAGAAAUUGGAGAAGUUAAAUUUAACGAAUUGUGAUUCACUAGAAGAGAUAUAUCAACUCCUAGAAUUCAAUGCUGAAGAAGAAAGUUUUGCAAUAGAUUUGAAUUUAAGGUCUAUGGAAAUUCGUGAUCUGAAAAAUUUGAAAAAUCUCUUUCCUGCUUCCGUAGCACAAAACCUUUUACUACUUGAAAAGCUUAGUGUAGACUCUUGUGGGGUGGAGACGAUUGUUGCAAAGGCAGAAGGUGCAAAAGCAGCCCCUUCUUUUGUGUUCCCAAAACUGCUCUCCUUGAAUCUCACAAAUCUACAAGAUAUCAGGAGAUUUUAUCUAGGAAUACAUAGCUUGGAAUUUCCAAGGUUAAAAGAUUUGAAGGUGCAUGAUUGUGGAGAUGGAAUGGAGUUUUGUUCAGAAUUGUUUAGUUUGCAGGGAAAACAUGGAGAGGAAUAUCAUCACAUCACUAUCCAACAACCAUUACACUUGGAGAAAAAGGUUUUCCCCAAUUUGGAGGAGUUGUCAUUAGAUGGUCAGAUGUUUGAGAUGAUCAGAUGGUCAGAUGGUCAGUCUUUUUGGAUUCCUUCAAAGAUUACCCAAUCUGGAAAAAAUGUCCAGGAUGAUGAGGAAAAUUGAAGCCAUCUUUCAUUUUUGCAAAUCUGGAACAAAGAGGCAGAUUUUCAAUGAAAUUAAGUGUUGCAAGCUGUUGAUAGAAAUUGUAGCAGAUGAAGAACAUGGAACAGCAGAAGAGAUUGAAUUCAACAAAUUGAAAACUUUGGAACUCAUUCAUUUAGCAAGCCUCAUAAGCUGUUGCUGUAACUGUAAAAGUGAAACUUUCUAAAUUCUCAUCUUUGUUAGAAGUAAAUGUAAAAGCAUUAAGCAUACCAAAGCUUCAACAUGUACAACUGACAUUUUUGGAAUUGGCUUUGGAAGGGAAAUAGUUGUAUAUGGAAAUGGUAUGUAUGUAUCCACUAAAAUUUUUCUUACAAUGUCAGUUUGAGUAAUUUUAUUUCUUCUUUAACUAAUGCAGCAUUAUGGCUUUUUCAGGAUGGAUUUAAAUAGCAUCGAGAAAGUGAAACUUUCUAAAUGUCCUCAAGGGGAAAAUGGCAUAGUCACUUUCUAUUGAAGAAAUUACUAAAACCAUAUUUCAUUUGGCUGAUGUUCUUGGGAUUUUUCUGAGUGGUUUUCAUUGUUUUUCACUUUGUAGUAGAUAUGGUUUUCAUCUGAGCUUUUAUUUCUUCUUCUUCUUCUUCUUUUUAUGUUGUUGAAGUUCACAUCUUGGAUAGAAGACAAUUCAACCAAUAUAUCUACUGUGUAAGGGUA